GUAUUUCAAUGGAAGUCUUCUGCAGGGGACACCCAAUGCUGGCAUCCGGAGGGAAAUGUUCAAAUUUCUAUGGUUCCAGAUAGCCACAGCUCUUCUGAAACUAAUAGAAAAAAUUCCAAAUUAAGUUUAAAAUAUUUCAUUGUUGUAUGAUUUGAGAAAUAAAAAAUCAAAAUACAAAUGUGAUAAAUAAAUUUUAGCUGGCCUUGCAUGGUAAAUUUUGAGAAACAAAUACAUCAGCUAGAUAACAGGAAAGAGUUUGCAAGUCAUUAGAAAAAUAGAUGCAUGAUUGCGAAAGUCAACUAGUAUUUUCAAUUGGGAAUUGUCUGUUUGAAAGACAAAAUAAAGGCUAGCUACAUAACACCCUAAUGAAAUGUUAAUAACAAUCACUGUUUUUUAAAUAUUAAAUGUAUAUUUUAUUGCAAGAAGUUAUUCAGGUUAAUUUGUGAAAAUGACUGAUACUGAACUGGAACAAAUAAGAAUAAAUGUACAAGAUGGCACAAAUCCGGAAGAGUCAUCCAGACUUAUGAAUAUGAAUGAUGCUGUCCACAAUGAUGGCCAUUUAGAUAAUAAUACUCAUACGUCAAACUUGACAUAUAAUGAAUCAGACACAAAAAUAUGUCCUUUGCUUCCAGUACCUCUGCAAAAAUGUUUUCCACCACAAGGAGCUGUUGCAAAUUAUCUUACAAGAGUGUUGGUUUGUGUUGUCAUUUGGGCAGGGUUGAUUGCUAUGAUUGGAAGUGAUGCUCUACCAGGAGGAAAUAUUUUUUCCAUUUAUAUUCUGUUGAUCACUGCGUCAUUUGGUGGAUUUUUUGUUGGUUUUAUAUCACGAUCGAACUGUCCUCCAUUGCUUGGAAUGCUUAUUGUUGGUUUUAUCUUCAGAAAUGUGGAAGCUGUUAAUAUUGCAAAAGACAUUAAUCCGGACUGGUCAUCAACAUUACGUAGCAUCGCACUGGUUAUCAUAUUGCUUCGUUCUGGCCUUGGUUUGGAUAUAGAUGCUUUAAAGAGGCUGAAGUUUACAGUUUUGAGAUUAGCUUUUGUCCCAUGUACCAUAGAAGCUUUGACUGUUGCCAUCACAGCACAUUUAUUUUUAGGAAUGCCAUGGCUGUGGGCUUUUCAGUUGGGAUUCAUUCUUGGAGCUGUCUCUCCUGCAGUGGUUGUGCCGUCUAUGCUUCGUUUACAAGAGGAUGGAUAUGGAGUUAAAGAAGGCAUCCCCACAUUAGUAAUGGCAGCAUCUUCAUGUGAUGAUGUUCUUGCUAUUAGUAUGUUUGGUGUGUUUUUAGGGAUUGCAUUUUCAAAAGGUGAUCUUUACUUCAAUAUCUUCCGUGGACCACUCGAGAUUAUAAUGGGGCUAGCUGGUGGUCUUUUAAUUGGGAUAUUGCUUUGGUAUUUUCCACCUAAAGACCAGAAAGAAAGAAGUGCAAACCGGGCAGUGUUGCUAGUUGCUUUUGGUUUGUUGUUUUUGUUUGGUAGCAAUAAAAUUGAUUUUCCAGGAGCUGGUGCACUUGGUGUUUUAGCAUUAGGCGCAACUGUUGGGUAUGGGUGGGGAGAUAAUGCAAAGGCGCCUGUGGAAAAGGUUAUUGGUGUAUUAUGGGAAAUUUUCCAGCCAUUACUUUUUGGUUUGAUUGGUGCGGAAGUUUCAAUUGAAUACUUGAAUAUAGAUUUAGUUGGUAAGAGCAUUGGGAUUCUAGUCAUUGGUUUAUUUAUUCGAAUUAUUGUUACAUACCUUGUCACAUUUGGAAAUAAUUUGUCUGUUAAAGAAAGAUUGUUCUGUGCUAUUGCUUGGUUGCCAAAGGCUACAGUUCAGGCUGCUAUUGGUUCUAUACCACUUAUGACUGCUCGUAAUAAAGGCUUUCGAGGGAAAGAGCAAGAAGAAUUAGGUAUUCAAAUUGUGGCAAUAGCAGUGCUGGUGAUUUUAAUAACUGCACCUAUUGGAGCUGUUGGUAUUAUGCUGAGUGGUCCUCGUUGGUUAAAUAAACCACCUGAGCCAGAGUGUGACGAUAAUUAGUUACAUACAAAGUGUAAAUUUAUUAUCUAUAGACCAUUUUUUACAACAUUCAAACAUUCACAAAAAAAGUUUUAUUAAAAUUAAAUUGUAAAUCAACUAAUAGCUUUCUUUAUUUACUAUUGGUUCUCUUUAUUAGUUUUAUAUAACUUAUUCCAGCAGAGGUUUGAAAGUGUAUGCAAGAUUGUCCUGCGCCUAAUGGGUUUCCGACUUCUUUUUGGAGAGGAGUUGUUACAUAUCACUAUAGCCUACUACUACUAGGAGUUGUUAAAGUCCACACAUAAAGAUGUCAAAAACUUUGAUGACACUUUUUCUGUAAAGUCAUUGAAAGCUUGAAUUUGUCCAAAUUGCAAAUAUAAAUACAAAACAAGACCAUAAAAAUGAAAUAAAUAUUGAUCAUAUAAAUGCACUUAUUAUGCGGAAAAAAAAUGGAUGCAGAUAAAAACCCAGCUACAAAAAUUUAAGUGGAUUAGGUGAGGCUAUUAAAAAAUAAAAAAAAGGGUAGGACAUUUUUGCAUUACAUAUCUACCUUGUAAAUAUAUAUUUGUGCUAAAACUUAUAUAAUAAUAUAUUGCAAGUAUUACAGAGCGAUCUUUUACUCUUCUGAAAAAUAUUUAAAAUAUUUAUGGUAAUAUUUUAUUAGAACUUGUCACUUGUACCUUUGUAAAAAAGUUUCACAGGGAUACAUGUUUUAUAUAAAAGCAUCGACCUGUGAGCAAGCCUUUGGGUGUUCUUAAUUUGUAAGGCCUAAAUUUGUUUAUACAAGUCUGUUUUACCAUAAACUAUUAGCACAUCAGGAAAAAAAGACUUGCUCACAGAAAUUAGUUAAUGAGUUAACAUGUACUUCAUUUUCUCGAAAAGUUAAGGUUUAUACACAAUAAAAAUUGAUCUUGCAUAACUCUUAUAAAAUAUUUGUGCCAAAAACAUUUUAGCAGUUACAGGACAUGAAAGUGACUUUUUUGCAGAUGAUUUUUGGCACUCUCCAUUUUAUAAAUUCAUAUAGUGUUAAAAUCAACUUUAGUUUUCUGCAUUGUGAUCAAGUUAAUAACAUAUUUUUUUAAUUUUAUUUUUCAAGCAGCAAUACAUUUCGAUUAGAUCAAGCUCUAUUAGACUUAUUUAUAUACGUUUUAUAUAUGUUUUUUUUUGUUAAGAUUAUUAAAGCUUGUGUACUAUGUACACUUAUUCUGUUUUUUUAAUGGUGGGAAAAUUUUUACACAUGUUAACUUUGAUUACCAUGUUAAAUACAGUAGCUAUAUGUGCAAUUAUUGUUUUUUACCUGUCAUUAGUAGAUUUGUCUUGAUGGACCUUAUUCAGUCCAGGCUUUUUUAAACAUAAUAUGACUGGGGGGGGGGGGGGGGGGAGCAUUCUGUCUCCCUCCUCUCCAAAACUUUUGUUAGGCUUGUCCAAAUCACAUCAAGCUUAGCACACUUAUAGUACAUCAUGAAAGGAGCAAAAUGGCAGCAAUAAAUUAUUGCUUAUGUCAGUGACGUCAUCGGAAUAUUGAAAUUUGUCCACAAUUUCAUUAUCUGCUGAAAAUUCAAUACUUUGAGUAAUAUAGAAUAAAUUUUUGCAUUCUGUUUAAAGUUUCGAAAAGCCAAAUAAAAGUUAAUAUAUUUUCCAGUUGUUGCAUAGUGGCAUAAAAAAACACCAAAAAUUACCCGAAAAUUCAAUUUGUUCUGAUUUCCUGAUAAAAUUUAAAAUAAAUCAGGAAAUUGGAUUAAUCACAUGUCCAAAAUUUACAGAAUGAUUUGCCUUGAUAACAGUUGGAUUGUAAGUUUCCAAGUUCUAAGAGUAAUCCUAUAAGGACAGAUAUUAUAUUUCCUUGAUUAUAAGGAUUUCAAAGAAAAUUCUAGGGGUAGUUUUGGUUAAUAGCCAAUAGAAUAAUAGAUAAAUAGGAAAACUCACUAUCAUAACCAUGCAGCAGAGCAAAAAAUAGUUUUGAAUGUAAAAGGGAGUCUCCCUGGACUGGAUUGGGUUAAAUCUAAGUUUUUAUCAUUUGUUUAUGGAAUGCAUUGUAUGUUUUUAAUAGUAGAAACAAUAACUGAAACCUU